GUCAAAUUUGUUUCUGAAUCGAACCACCACGGCCAAAACCCCAAUCUUUACCGGUCAAAAACAUUUUCAGGCAAAAUCUGAAAACAAAAAAACAUAAAUCACCCGCCCAAACAAAUUUCAGAGAAUUUUCGCACCUCCAAAAUUUUUUAGUUGACUCCCAAAAAACUCAAACUCCAAAAAAAUCACAGAGAGCGCCACAAUCAGAAAAAAUGGCGCUUUUGCUCUUCCCUUUUUCUUCCCCUUCUCACCUUCUCUUCUUCCACUCAUCCGAUCUCUCAAUCCUCUCAAAUCUCAAACUCUCUCUUCCCAUCACUCUCUCGCUCUCUCUUCAAUCUCAUCUCAAUCAUGACAGAGCAAGAGAUCUGCGUGAGGGUUACAAGAGCGGCGGCGAAACGAAAAGCUUCGACGGCGAUGGGUAUUGACGGAGAUCGGGUCAACAAGAAGAGAGUUGUUCUCGGUGAGCUUCUAAACGUCUCCAAUGUCAAUCUCUUGGCUAAUCUCAAUCAGAAGAAAGAAACCCAGAAGCCAAAAAGGAAUCUUAAACCUCCUCCGGCGAAACAGAUUAAGUCAGCUCCGGUGGCUAUUAUUGACCUAGAAUCAAAAUCUGACAUUGAUUCUCGAUCUGAUGAUCCUCAAAUGUGUGGACCUUAUGUUGCUGAUAUCUAUGAGUAUCUUCGUCAACUUGAGGUGAAGCCAAAGCAGAGACCUUUACCAGAUUACAUAGAGAAAGUUCAGAAAGAUGUAACACCAAGUAUGAGAGGUGUUUUGGUUGAUUGGUUAGUGGAAGUUGCUGAAGAGUAUAAACUUGGAUCUGAAACACUUUAUCUCACUGUCUCACAUAUUGAUAGAUUCUUGUCUUUAAAGACUGUUAACAAGCAAAAGCUACAGCUUGUUGGAGUUUCUGCUAUGCUUAUUGCUUCGAAGUAUGAAGAGAUAAGUCCUCCUAAAGUGGAUGAUUUUUGUUACAUUACGGAUAAUACGUUUUCGAAACAAGAUGUUGUGAAGAUGGAAGCUGAUAUACUUCUUGCUCUUCAGUUUGAGUUGGGAAGACCAACGAUUAAUACUUUUAUGAGACGGUUUACUAGAGUUGCACAAGACGAUUUCAAAGUUCCACAUUUGCAGCUAGAGCCUCUUUGUUGCUAUUUGUCAGAAUUGAGUAUAUUAGAUUAUAAGACUGUGAAGUUUGUGCCGUCUCUGUUGGCUGCUUCUGCUGUUUUUCUCGCUCGGUUCAUCAUCCGUCCGAAACAACAUCCUUGGAACCAAAUGUUAGAAGAGUACACAAAGUACAAAGCGGCUGAUCUACAAGUGUGUGUUGGAAUCAUACAUGACUUGUAUUUGAGCAGAAGAGGAGGUGCUUUACAAGCUGUUAGAGAGAAAUAUAAGCACCAUAAGUUCCAAUGCGUUGCGACCAUGCCUGUUUCACCAGAGCUGCCGGUUACCUUUUGGGAGGAUGUUACCAUUUGAUCUGAGGUUAUGCUAUCUUAAGCAAAUGUUACGGAGCUGGAUUACCGAAUCUUGUUUCAAAUAGUAUAAUGGACACAGAUCUUCAAGUGAAGCUAGAAGAGUAAGAAAUAUAGAAGUGAAGGCAGGAGCAAAUAAGUCUGCGUUAUGUGAAGAUGUGUGAUGUAUUAUUGAAAUCUCUUCUUUUUUAUUUACAAAAUUUUAGUGUGAAAUUCGGAAUAAUAUAAUUUUAUACAAUUAUGCAAUAUGAUAUAAGUAUUUAUGUGACAUGAUCUUAUUUUGUUUAAGCAUUGAGCCUACUACUGUAUGUUUAUACUUAAUGAAAAUUCCUAG